GCCUUGUCGCAGGGUGUUUAAUAAAAAAUUAGACUUUCUGAAGUAUGGAAUUUAAAAAAGGUCCUGUUUUCAAUCUCUGAUCCACCUGGCAUCAUUUGGACGAUUUCAUCUGGUUUAUUCUAGCUCUCGUAAACAAUUUGGUGGAGUGUGGAUUGAAAAAUCCCACUUCUAUCCGAAUUGAGGCCAUCAGUUGGUACGUGAGUUUACAGUCAGGGGACGGGUGCAUGGCUGCUGAGUGAGAUCAAUUUAUGAAUAGGGAUGGCGGAACAUUCAUAUUUUGGGUGCCAAGUUUUCGAUUGAUUCGGGAUGCGAGGCUCCGCAUUUUGGGGAUGGAAAAUGAAAAGGGUUUCCCAGAGUAACUCUUGACAACGGCUGGGAUGAGUUGACGAACCCUGGAUUUGCGAUCUUCAUCGGGUAGUCUUCUGUUGGUUUAAAUCCAUUACAUCUGAAGGGAGUUCUAGAAAGUGAAGUCAACCGGAUGAAACAUGUCGAAUCUAGAUUGGACUAUUGCCUUUGCGAUUCGCUUUCUCAUCUUCCACGUCGAGUUCGUGACUUUUCGACCACGGGCGACGACGAUGACGAUGUCCAUGCCCGUCGUCGGUGACGACGUCGGGUUAUCGGUGCCGUACACCGUCGAUGAGCUGAGAGCGAUCGUUGACGUACACAACCAGAAGAGGGGCAAUGUCACUCCCUCAGCAGCCGAUAUGGAAUUUGUGCGUUGGGACGAAGAGCUAGCAGCCGCUGCAGAUGGCUGGGCUGUCAAAUGUACCUUAGAACAUGGAAAACCAGAGAACUCGACCAUCUCCAGGUUCGGCCAGAACAUUUGGGCUGGUUUCGGCCUCUCCAAGUGGGCACUACCCGAGACUGCCAGUCCCUUCCGAGCUUGGACCAACGAGGAUCGAUUCUAUGACUACGAGACGAAUUCCUGCCAAGCCAGGAAAAUGUGUGGUCAUUAUACACAGAUCAUAUGGGCAAGUACUAGAGCGAUUGGAUGCGGGCGAGCUUUCUGCAGACAAACGGACGAUAUCCCCUUUGCCCGAUGGAUGGUCGUCUGUAACUAUCUACCUGGGGGUAACAUACAAGGAAGACAGCCUUAUAUAACUGGGCCAAGCUGCUCUAGGUGCUCUUCAGGAAAUGGACAGUGUUACAAAAACAAAUGCCGUCCAUGUUCCGAACAUACAGAGCCUUGUGAAUGUAACCUACAAUGUCAAAACUGCGGAACGCUUGACCGUGAAACAUGCACCUGUAAAUGUCCAAAGGGUUGGCAUGGAAACGAAUGCGGAAAACCAUGUGUAGACACCCAUCAGUACUGCGGGAGGAGUCCUGGGUGGCCUGGGCGUGUCUACUGUCCCUUCGCUCCAUACAUAACUCGAUAUUGCCCACUCAUGUGUGGCGUGUGUGAGGCCGAAGAUCCUGAUUUCGUUUGCGUGGAAGAUAACGCAGAUGGAGGAUGGAAGACCACAGAUGCUCUCACGACUAUGAACACUGAUAGGCCUACAGUCGCACCUACCGACAAAACCGAACAUAAUGACAUCCCAAAGAAUACAGUUACAAGGCCAUAUGGAAACAUCACCAAAGGUCCAACCACAUCACCACUUGGCGUUACUUCAGCCUCUUUUCUGAUGACGACGCUUGACGUCGAAACCACCAGUCCAGAAAAAAAAUCAACUAAAUAUAUUGAUGAAGCUUCGGGGGAGAAGGAAGAAGGGUUAGGUUUAGAUGAAGGUGUCACGACGCCCUCGACGACAGGACUACAUUGGUUAGAACAACUCGAAGGGGAGGUUCCUAUUCGCGGAAACCAAGUGAAUUACGCAGCGAAGAGUAUUAACACGGAGGUUUCUAAUCACGUGAGAUCGCUGAAACGAAAUGCGAGCUCCGUUAAUUUGAAUGAAGGUGCAGAAGUAUCGGCGCAGAAUGGAAUACGCAUUGAUAAGAAAGUGGAAUCGAUUGAUGGCAAUGGGGACAUAAACUUAACUACCCAAACACCACUAUCUACAACCCAUGAGACAAACUCAGUUGGCAACAGUUCUGCGUCUUCGGUACAAGACGCGGUUAUGGCCAGAACAGAGGCAUCUGGAAAUGCCAGACUUACUAAUGCUGAUAGUACUGGAAGCCACACUGCCAUGUUUUCGUCAAGACAUUUAUACAGUACCGAGUCUCCAUCAAUACGAACUAUGUAUAGUUCUUCAACAGACAAUCCAGAUCAAGGAACAGAAGAACACACCACCCCAAAUGCAAGUUUAUCCCUUGUGACAUCGACUCAAGUACCCUUACAACCUUCGUAUACUGCGACAAAAUCGGAGGGCCAUUCCAAACUGGAAGAGAACAAGGAGGAAAAUGACAAUUCACAAUCACCACCCACCUCAGCUAUUCCGACGGCAACACAUCUUGAAAAUUUCCUUGAAGGAUCUUCCUUGUCAGCGACCACUCCCGAGGGACACUCUCGUUCAUUGACAAGCGCUUAUCAACUUUUAAUAAAUUCAACGAAUUCGGUAACUUCGGCACCUUCAAUUCAAACUUCACCAGAUUCGCUAAACAUUGAAGUUACGACAGAGUCAACGCCUGGAAAACACCUUUCCACUCUAAAUACAACAAAUAAUCAAUUGCAAACAGAAUAUGGAGGUGGUGCGGUCCAGCCUAUGACAGAUGCAACUUUUGAAGACGUUGUUAAUGUCUCGAUGGCCCGAGAGCGUCUUGGUUUCAUCCCAGAAGAUCUAUGUAAGAAAACCUUCACGGCUGUUGCAAAGGUAGAUGACACAGUCUUCCUUUUCCAGGGACAUCAUCUAUGGUGGGUUAACAUGACAAAUGGACAAAUUUUGUCUUCAGAUAAAGAAACCGUAGAAUCAUACUUCGGCCUGGAAGGACAGAAAGUAACGGCCGCAGUCUAUCGCCAAUCCGUGGACGAGUGGACUUUAUUUACCUAUAUGGAUGUGUUCACCAUUAGAAACCACUCCCGAAACCAGAAGACCCGUGACUACCAUCGGAUGCGAGUGACCGAGCUCGGGAUCCCCUUCGGGGCCGUGGUCGACGCCGCCUUCCACGAUGACAGACGCAAGAAAUUGUAUCUUCUAACAAACCGAUGGGUGUGGCGAUAUGAUGACGAAAGAGAUGAAGUGGACAUCGGGUAUCCAAGACGCAGUCAUCACGAGUUUCGUGGACUGAUGAGGCAUCGUCCUUCAGCUGCCUUCACAUUAAAUGGAAAGCUCUUUAUCCUGUUUGGGAAGAAAUAUGCAGAAAUCAAUCAAGACACCCAUCGCGUUGACGAACAGAGAGGUGGAAAUUAUUUCGAAGAUCAUUUUGAUUGUUUUAUAAACUAAUUUGAUUACUCGUUUAUUACGAGUGACCAUUCUAAUAUUUAUCAUGUGCUUUCAGAUUUAAAUGUUGAUGAGAUAUCAUUAUGGGUAAUGUUUCUUUGGUAAACUUUAUCGAGUUUAUAUCUCCUAAUCUGGGAAAUUAUAUUUCACCCAUUUCGUCACAGUUGUAUAAGAACGGGAAUGAGGGGGUGGGGGUUGUGGGUGCCAUCUAACUAGGUAUAUAUUUGGACAACUAGGCCCCGACGAAAAAUUAGGUGCCGAGUUGUCCAAUCGUGGAUCUGUUUGUUCACGUUCUCCUACCAAUAUUUUUUAGUUUUGACAGGGAACAGAUGUAGGAAUGCCGAACUCAUAACUGGGGCCUGUUUCAGAAAAAGUUGCAAUCAAUCGCAACUCUAAAAAUCAUGCGCAACUUGAUUUUCAACCAAUCAACAGCGCGCAUUUG